GCAUUCCAUCGCACGGGGGAGGAGGGGUGUCACAUUGCGCACCCCCGCCUGUCUGACAGUCUCACAGUCCAGCCAGACCGUGCUUAUAUUACCACAGAGCAGUCUCCUCACCCCCUCCCUGGACUGGACACCGGAAGCGGAAGCGCUGGAGGACCCGGGGGAGCAGAAACCUAAGGUCUCCCGCACUCUGCAUAGCAGGGGCAACAGAUGGCAUCAAAGCUGCUUCGCCGCUUCCGUCCCACCACAGUGAGGCGGCAGAGGGGUCCUGGACCUCCGGAAGAACCCCCAGAAAUUGCGGAACUGGUGGAUGACACCGAAGGACUGUCCCUGCGCCUGAGCGGGACCCUUAGUUUGAGUGAAGACAGCCUGGGCUCGGAGGAGAGCGACGGAGCAGAAGGCAGAUGCAUAGAAGAGCUGAACACCCAUCCCCUCUUAACACAGCAGCUCCGAGAGAUGUGGUCCACCGCACACGACCAGAGCCUGCCCAUCAGACUGACGUUUGAGGUGACGGAGGCUAAUGUGGUGAGGGACACCCACACCAAGUAUGUCAUGUACACCAUUUACCUUCUGCAUUCAGGGCAGUACGACCCCUCACCUGCCUUCAUCAGCUGCCGAUACUCCGAUCUUGAACGCCUGAGGAAAAGCCUGCGCUCCCGCUAUCCUGACGAGAUGAGCGCCGUCUCCUUCCCCCACAAGCGCCUGCACAAGAACUUUACGUCCGAGACCAUAGCAAAACGUAGUCGCGCCUUUGAACAGUUCCUAUGCUACGUGUCCUCAGUGACCACCCUGAGACAGUCUCCAGAAUUCCUGGGAUUUUUCUAUCUCCGUGACAUGCAAAAGGCGCAGCAUCUUACAUGCACGGGGUUAUAUCAACUGGCAUUACCCCUAUGGAUGAACUGUUGGCAUCUGCAAGAAAAGCUUUGUCCAGUGGGUACCUCCACUCAUCGGCUGCUUGUACUGGCCGGACUGGUGGUUUGCAAUCAGGAGAUGGAUGCACUUGCAGAUGCACAAGCAUUUAGUGAACGGGCUGUUGCACUUUUUCGGGAUGUACAAGAGCAGAACGUGCCUUUCCUCAUUGCUUUCCUACAAGCUCAUGUACAGUUAUCGUGGAGAGUGGGGGUAGACAAGAGAAGCUCUGAAGCUACUCUGCGAAGACUGCAGGAGGCUGGCCAUGCCACACACAAUGCUCCUACACUGAAGGAAAUGCUCAUCAAAGAGACAGAUCGGGUGACUACGUAGAGGAGCCAUAGAUGUUGGAUCGAUGAUGGUUAUUUUAGCUUAGUCUGAUGUCUCCAGCGCUGCACAUCACCAGAAAACACAAAGGAGGAUCGACCGAGAAGAAUCCAGCGUGGCCAAUCUUCUUCUAAGUGUUCAUUCUCAAGGCAGGAGAUGUACAAGGGCAGCUUUAGGGUCCAUUCACACGUCCGUGGUGUGUUGCGGACCCGCAACACACCCGGCCGGCACCCCCUAU